GGAACGAGGGGGGAAAAGGGAAAGAAAAUCCAAACAUUCUGUCUCUCCACGUCGAUGAAAAAAGGUAAUCUUUUUGCUUGAUUCGGAGCCUCCUCGCCGUGUACACCUUCGUCGAUCGGGGGGGGUGGUGGAAUUAGGGUUAAGCGUCGCCAUUCGAGUCGAUAUCGAAAUCCGGAACGAUUCGUGCGCUGUGCCCCCCGCCCCCGCCAAAAAGAAAGGAAAGAAUGGGGCGACUGUACAUACAACACCUGAGCGGGGAGAAGAUAUACAAGUGCAAGUUCUGCAGGGUGGACUCGGCGUCCCACGACGACAUCAUUUCCAAGGAAUUCUUUGGGCGAUUCGGCCGCGCUUAUCUCAUGCGCAAUGUGGUAAACAUCUCUAUUGGACCCAAGGAACAGCGUCAAUUAUCUAGCGGAUUACAUACCGUGAAUGAUAUUUAUUGUAGCUCUUGCCAGCAGUUACUGGGAUGGAGAUAUGAGAAAGCUUAUGAAGAAAGUGAAAAGUAUAAGGAAGGAAUGUAUCUUAUGGAGAAAGAACGCACGUUGAAGGACGGUUGGUGAUCGAUGGUACAAUUACAGCCAUUACUGCUGGAAUGGGAAGAUAAAGUGAUGCAGCAACAUGCUUCUUUAUGGUCAAGGAUGGCCAUAUUCCUGCACAUCAAAGAGUGAAUUAUUUUUAGGUUGAUAGUAAAGGUAUAUUGUUGAUUGAAUUCGCUGACCACCUGCCGAGGCGUUAUGGAACAUACUGCUGCAAGUCCAACUGAUUUAGAGUGGUUGCCAUUUAGUUUCUAGGAUGAAAGAACUAGGAGAGAAAAUACUGUGGUGGAAAGAAAAGGUUGAUAUAGCUCAGGGAUCAUGCAUUAAUUUGGCAAAAUGGUCUGUCUAGUGGCGUUUUGUAUAUGUAGUAUGGACAUUUUUGUAUAUGAGAAUUUUGCUGCUAUAAGAGUGAGCUAUAUUUCCUCUUCAAAGACAGGACUCCACAAGUCCUGCAGAUUCUUACAUGAAUUUCUCAGUUAAGGGACGUUGGCGAGGAGUUCAAAGUGGUUGACGGCUUGGCAAUUAGGACCUCUAACAGUUGCAGAGGUGUGAUUCUAAUGUCAGAUAACUCGCAGAUGUGGAUAAAGCUUCUAAUGGACCGGCUAGUAGUGCAAAGGGCAGACGAUGGUAAUGUAACUAGUGUUGAUACCAAACAGAGGAAAGACAGAUUGUGGCAAGCAAUGAAUGCACUUUGGAGUAUUACUUUGAGCUUGAUAAGCUGCUUUAUGGGGAGCCUGUGUACUGUUUCCUUAGAUUUGUGGAAGUUUGCUUCAUCUUGACCUGCAAUAUACUUUUCUACUCUCUUUUGACUCUCU